UUGUUUAUAAUAUUGACAAUAGUUAUAAAUCUGUCAAUUAUUCGUAUUACAAAUGUUUCAUACUUAGAUUUUUAUGUAUUUAUUUUUUUAUUCAAAAUUUUAAAUUUUUUAUAACCAAUAAUAUGAAUUUAAGAUGUUUAAAACGUUUUAAAUUGUCCAAGUUUAGGCUCAAUUUUCAACGAAAUUAUGCAUCGGAGAUACAACAGAACACCAGACCAUAUAAACUUCAUAAACUGAAAGAACCUCCCAGUGCAAAAUCAACUUUAAAAAAAGAAGAAGCGCUAACGUACUAUCGACAAAUGCAAGUAAUUCGUAGAGUAGAGGCCGCCUCGAGUGCUCUUUAUCAAGCGAAACUUAUUCGAGGUUUUUGUCAUUUAUAUUCAGGGCAGGAAGCAGUAGCUGUUGGUAUGAAGGCAGCUCUUCGACCAGAUGACAAAGCGAUUACGUCAUACCGUUCUCAUGGUUGGACAUAUCUCUUUGGUGCAACUCCUUUAGAAAUUCUUGCUGAGCAAACCGGCAAAAAAACUGGUUGCCAAAGAGGUAAAGGCGGAUCCAUGCACACAUAUUGCAAAAAUUUUUAUGGAGGAAACGGUAUUGUUGGAGCACAAGUUCCUUUGGGUACUGGCAUAUCUUUUGCAUUAAAAUAUAUGGGUUCGGACGCUGUCUGCAUCACUCUUUAUGGAGAUGGUGCCGCUGACCAAGGACAAAUUUUUGAAUCCUUCAACAUGGCCUGCUUAUGGAAAUUACCAGCCAUUUUCGUAUGUGAAAAUAAUGGUUAUAGUAUGGGAACAGCAGUUCACAGACAUGCAGGAAAUCCUAAUUUUUACACACGCGGUGAUUGCCUUCCUGGCUUAUGGAUGGACGGUAUGGACCUUAUGACUGUAAAAGAAGCUACUAAGUAUGCGAUGAAGUAUUGUAAGGAGCACGGACCAAUUCUUAUUGAAGCUGCAACUUACAGAUAUUUUGGACAUUCUUUGUCUGACCCUGGUACAAGUUACCGAACAAGAGAAGAAGUGGCAGAAGUAAGAAAUAAACGAGAUCCAAUUACGAAUUUCAAAAAUAUUAUCGUUGAUGGUGGAUUAGUCACUGAAGACGAAAUAAAGAAAAUAGAUGAUGAUGUUAAAACAGAAGUAGACAAAGCAACAGAACAAUCAAAAACUGAUCCGGACGUUGGCGUAGAUGAAUUAGUGGCGGACAUUUAUUCAAAUAAUCUGGAACCGUUCAUCAGGGGUGUUACACCAUUUCAACCUCUUCAGCAUAAAAGAAUAGGAAAAGCUAUAAACUUGAAAUAAAACACUAUUAGUGUUAA